GGGAUGCUCCCGACAGCCUGGGAACCGCGAUCUCAGUGCUACGCUGGCCUGCACGCAAUCCGAACAUCUGCGACUCGUUCACGAUCCAUCACACAGCCGCAGCAUCGUGGCGUCCAUCUGCAUAUUCGUCUAUCUUGCCUGUUCCUAGUCAGCCCCUUCACCAUGUCCUACUCGUUGGCCUCGCGCACCAAGCUCGCCAAUGGGCUAUCCAUGCCAACCAUCCAUCUCGGCGUCUACCUGACUUCCGGUUCUGAAACCUAUCAGGCGUGUCGGUGGGCUUUGGAGGCCGGGUAUCGAGGCAUUGACAGUGCCCAAAUGUACCACAAUGAGAAGGAAAGUGGAAAGGCAGUAUCCGACUUCCUCUCCAGCAGUGACAAUACAGAUUCGCUCAAGCGCGAGGACAUCCAUUUUACCUCCAAGCUAGCAUCCAACUCAUCAUACGAUGCCGCCCGCAAAUCGAUCACGCGAUCAGUAAAAGGAUGUGGGCUUGGCUAUAUCGAUCUGUUUCUGCUGCACUCUCCCCAUGGAGGCAAGAAGGCUAGGCUCGAAAGCUGGAGAGCAGUCGAGGACGCAAUUGACGACGGCGAGAUCAGAAUUGGUGGCGUCUCAAAUUACGGAGUCAAGCAUCUGCAAGAGCUUCUAGAUUCCAAGCCCAGAAUCCUCCCGGCUGUGAAUCAGAUUGAGAUUCAUCCGUUUAAUACACGCUUCGACAUCGCCGACUUCUGCCAGGAGCAUGACAUUGUGGUGGAAGCUUAUGCCCCGCUGGUCAGAGCGCUGAAGAUGAAGCAUCCCGUCAUCGCGUCUCUUUCCAAAAAGUAUUCGUGCACGCCAGGCCAGCUGCUUGUCAGUUGGAGCCUGCAGCAUGGUUACGUGCCGCUGCCCAAGAGCGUGAACAAGGCGAGAAUCGUCGAGAAUGGUGAGGUUGGGGGGUUCUCCAUCGAUGACAGCGAUAUCAAGAAGAUGGAUGCACUGGACGAGUAUCUAGUUACUGACUGGGACCCCACCGACACGGCGUGAGGUCGGCAGGGCACACGCGCAGUCGCGAAGUCGGGCGCGGGAUGCGUGGGCAUUGUAUUUGCUGCUGCGAGCGGGGGUUUGGGGAUGGUGAGGAGGCUGGAAUACCCGUGGCAGGGAUCAAGCGUUCGUAGCAACUUCAGCCGCUUCCGGGU